AUGGUCGAAUCCGCGCUGGUUGGUCAGAGUCUCGGGGACGAUUUGCAGACGACGUUCAUCGGAGCGUUCUUCCUCUUCCUGCUCUACGGUUGUACCCUGGGACAAACGGUAUACUACUACUCGCGCUACGGGCAGGACCAUUCGCAGCUCAAGAUACUUGUGGGAGUAUUGCUUGCUGUCGACACUGCGAAAGUGGGGGCAGGCGCCGAUAUCUUGUAUUACUACACCGUGGCGAAUCACCAAGCGCCAUCCGACAUCGCUGCGCUCAUAGGUAACCUACAUGACGCAAGCAAGGACGCACUCACGGGCAUCUCAGCGAGGAUGGGCGUCGUCCAGCUUGCCACGAACAUCGCAACAGACCUCUACAUCACCGUCGCCCUCACGUGGAUCCUGCACCACUUCCAUUCUGCCGUCGAGACGCGAGGGCUGCUGAGGAGGUAUGAUUCGAACCUGGGCACGAUCAUGUCGCGCCUGUUUGCCUACAGCGCAAGUCGAGGCGCACUGCUCCUAGUCCUGCAGGUUGUGGAGAUCACUAUCAAUCUCCUCGAUGACGAACAUCACACAUACCUUACCAACAUCGUGUGGCUCUCACAAAGCACAAUAUACUGCAAUACCGUGCUGGCUGCCCUCAACGUGCGGCAGCACGUCCGCGAGAGUACAGCCACGCCAUCGCUCUUCAGCUGGUCGAUGCGUCGGGCACAGUCGGGCAUCUCCGCAACAAUGCAGAGGUCCUGA